AUGGAUGCUAAGAAAGUUGCCAAGAGAACUAAGGUCAAGCCAUUUGUUAAAUUAGUCAACUACAACCACUUGAUGCCAACUAGAUACUCUUUGGAUGUCGAAUCUUUCAAAUCUUCUGUUACUUCUGAAUCUUUGGAAGAACCAACCCAAAGAGAAGAAGCUAAGAAAGUCGUCAAAAAGGCUUUUGAAGAAAAACACCAAGCUGGUAAGAACAAAUGGUUCUUCCAAAAAUUACACUUCUAA